AUGGAAGUGACGGCAGCGGACGUCACUGCACCGACGUCUGACGCUGCUGAAACCAGCAUCACGUUACAUGGCACACCGUUAUCGGUAGAAGUGACACGUCUAUUACUUGAGGUGGACGAGGGCUGGGUGGGUUACCGUCAUGACAAGACUUGGAGCUGGCACGAAGAGACGUAUAAAGCUUUUGCAGCCAUUUGUUGUGACCGCAAGUGGCCGUGCAAUUCAAGAGCGGCUUGUAUUGCCACGCUAAAGGCAAUAAGAACAGGUUCGGUUAGUAUUAUGCUCAGUAAUGCAACACGUAGCUCUGAAGGAUACGCGCACUGGUCGUUGACUGAGAUGCAUGAGCUUGGCGCCCAGAUGCGACGCGCUGUGGAUGACGAGAGCCAAACAGUGCGUUGGGAAUCGCAGCUUGAGAUAUUUAUACAUAGUAUGACAGUAAAAGACGCAACAUAUAAUAUUCAUGACCGUACUGCUGAGGACUUUGCAGCCCGUGCGGAAAAAUUCAUUCCUGAGCGGACAUUGCUGCUGAUCGAGUCGGACGUGGCGUAUCGGUAUGAAACUACAGCGAGAAACACACUGAAUUCAAAUAGAGCGACACGUAGUAAUACGACCAUGGAGCCUAAACAACACACACUUCUGGUGGCUUCCAUGACUAUGACUCCAGAAUAUGAACAAUGGACGCGUCGGGCGACACAAGCGCAAGCAUUGGAGGACGCUGGUGGUAGUACCGAGGGAUCUGUUUUGUUGGGCGAAUGUAUAUGUACAAAGGAUGCAACGGCUGACUUGCUGUCUUUGCAAGGAGAAGGUGGCGGAACACCGACUGCUCCUAGCCAACAUUCUCUAGGUAGAUCACCGCUGUUUCUUCCUCUAGACACGACGGAUAAAAGAUGGUCUUCUUCAGAUUUAGGCCACAAACAAGCUACUGUUCACCAAGACUUAUCAUUAUCAAGACAAGCUCCUCCUCGCCAAGAGGCGGCACCUAUGCGCGAGUCUUCCUGCCAAACUGAAAGGUUCCAAACUUCUUCUCGUCGGUAUAGUGUGGACCAAAGUGGGUCAGUAAAUGGAAUACAAGACGGCGUUACAGCAAUGCAACACCCGACUAGGAAGUAUCGACGCGUCCAGCAAUCGAGCAUCAGCGACCAUUUGAUGGCCAAUGGUCGCACCAGCAGCAGUAAGACCAAUGCACCGCUCCUCUCUCGUAAUCUUAACCCGUACGAUCGGCCGGGCAAGCUGUGGGGUGAGUUUGUGGUGGACGUGCUACUUGCAGAAAAAACCGCAAGAAACAAAGAUGAGCUGGACUACGUGCAGUUUGUACGUGGUCUCUACGAGAUCUGA